CUGCUUGAAGCCUAGGACCAUCAGAAAGCUCAGAGUGGAUGGGAAUUGGGAAGUGGGGAAGAAAAACUCAGUUUUUCACCAUUUGUAGAUUUAUCAAUACUGGCCACUGUAUCCAGAAGACUAAAGUUUGCAACUCCAUCAAGGUGACUCUCCAAGUAAAACUCAAAGUAGGCGAGUAAACAACAUCAUUAUGUAGGACCCUGAGAAAUCUGCAAAUAAACCUCAGGAUCUGGGACACUCAUUUGCUCACAGUCUCUCUUUUAAACUACUGGAACUCUGCCACUACUGCCCAAGAGUAUAACAUCACUGUUGAAGCAGUUCCACCCAUUGUUGCUGUAGGGAAUAACGGUCUUCUAGUUGUCCACGGUCUGCCGAAUAAAUACCAGCUCAUGAACUGGUACAAGACAGACAUAUCACUGAAGAACCUAAUAGCCUCACAUUUUACAAAUACAAAUACCACAUCAUAUGGGCAUCAAUUAAAUGGUAAAGCGAUUAUGUACGACAAUAAAUCCCUGCUCAUCAAUAAUGUCAGUAAGGUUGACAAAGGAGUCUACAAAGCAAGAGUGACGCUUGCAAACCUUACUAAUAUUUAUCUAUCCACGGAGUUGUAUGUAUACCAUCCAGUGACUAAACCCUCCAUCCAAGUCAACCAAACCAUAGACAAAGACGUGGUCUCUGUGUUUCUGAAGUGCCUGUCAAUCGACAUUGAUAACUACAUUAAAUGGUUCUUCAAUGGCCAGAGGGUGAGGAUCACAAAUAGGAUGAAUCUGACUCAGAACAACAGCACCCUUCAAAUAGUCCCUGCCAGGAGGCAAGAUUCUGGGGACUAUCAGUGUGAUGUAUCCAAUCCACUCGGUGGUGAGAAGAGUCACCCCCUCCAGCUGGACGUAAUAGAACCAGUGAUUAAACCCUCCAUCCAAUUCACCAACACCACAGUCAAAGACCUGACCUCUGUGUUCCUGAAGUGCUUGUCAAACGACACUGGGAUCUCAAUCCAUUGGCUCUUCAAAGGCCAGAGUCUGAGGAUCACAAAUAGGACGAAGCUGUCCCAGAACAACAGCACUCUCGAAAUAGUCCCUGCCAGGAGUUCACAUUCCGGGGACUAUCAGUGUGAAGUAUCCAAUCAAGUCAGUUCCAAGAGGAGUGACCCCAUCCAGGUGGACAUAACAGAUCCAGUGACUACACCCUCCAUCCAAGUCACCAAAAACACAGUCAAAGUCCUGACCUCUGUGUUCCUGAAGUGCUUGUCAAACGACACUGGGAUCUCAAUCCAUUGGCUCUUCAAAGGCCAGAGUGUGGUACUCACAGAGAGGAUGAAGCUGUCACAGAACAACAGCACCCUCCAAAUAGACUCUGUGAGGAUUGAGGAUUCCGGGGAUUAUCAGUGUGAAGUAUCCAAUCAAGUCAGUUCCAAGAGGAGUGACCCCAUCCAGGUGGACAUAAUACAACCAGUGAUUAAACCCUCCAUCCAAUUCACCAACAACACAGUCAAAGACCUGACCUCUGUGUUCCUGAAGUGCUUGUCAAACGACACUGGGAUCUCAAUUCAUUGGUUCUUCAAAGGCCACAGUCUGAGGAUCACGAAUGAGAUGAGGCUGUCCCUGAACAACAGCACCCUCAAAAUAGUCUCUGCCAGGAGUUCGCAUUCCGGGGACUAUCAGUGUGAAGUAUCCAAUCAAGUCAGUUCCAAGAGGAGUGACCCCAUCCAGGUGGACAUAACAGCACUGCUACCCAAGCCCAACAUCACAACCAACAAUUCCAAUCCCAUGGAGGGUGAAGACUCAGUAGCAUUAAUGUGUGAGCCUGAGACUCAGAAUAUAACCCACCUGUGGAGGAUAAAUGGCCAAAGCCUCUCAAAAGAGGACAGGCUGAAGCUGUCUUAUGACUGCAGGACUCUCAUUUUACUCAAUGUGAGGACUGACACAAGACCCUAUGAAUGUGAAAGGAACUCAGUGAGUGCCUCUCCAAGUGACCCAUUCUCUCUGAAUAUUACCUAUGGUCCAGAUGUCCUGAUCAUAUCCCCCUCAAAUAUUCAUUUUCAUUCAAGGACAAACCACAUCUCCUGCCACACAGAUGCUAACCCACCUCAACAGUACUCUUGGUUUGUCAAUGGAGAGCUCCAGUCAUCCUCCCAAGAGCUCUUUAUCCCCAAUAUCAAUACUAAUAAUUCGGGAUCCUAUUCCUGCCUCAUCUAUAAUGUUUUUCCUGGAGUCUAUAGGACCACAGUCAACAAAAUUGCAGUCCUUAAUCCACUGACUCUACCCUCCAUCCAAGUCACCAACAACACAUUCAAAGGUAUGACCUCUGUGUUUCUGAACUGCUUCUCAAACAACACUGGGAUUUCUGUCCAUUGGCUCUUCAAAGGCCAGAGUGUGGAGCUCACAGACAGGAUGAAGCUGUCCCACAACAACAGCACCCUCCAAAUAGACUCUGUGAGGAUUGAGGAUUCCGGGGACUAUCAGUGUGAAGUAUCCAAUCAAAUCAGUUCCAAGAAGAGUGACCCCAUCCAGCUGGACAUAAUACGUGAACAUCGACUUUCAUUACGGAGUAUUAUUGGCAUUGUUGCCCAGUGUGUGAUGGGGCUGAUUGCAGUAAUAUUUGUACUGUUUUUCCUGUGGCGCAGCCGUCGUGGCAGGGAGCCACAAAUUGAGAACGACAUUAAACAGGUGGACAAUGAGCCAAGCAACCUCAAUGAGCCAAUCAACCUCAAUGAAACCUCAAAAGCAUCCUCAAAUGUGAAACCUCAAAAGGAAAAGAAGGGCAAGAAGUAAAAACAUACUCAGUGAGGACAACUGGACCUGUCCACCCACAGUAAGUAAAGGCACUGACCUUCAGGAAUCAAUGGUCCCACCACCUGCCAGUCCUUCCACAACAUCCUGGAUGCCAGCCACUGUCUCCUGUCUGACUUACAGAGCAGAUCUUCUUUCCUCAGCCUCUGGCUGGCAUUUUCUUGAGGCUACCAAGUAGCU